AUCUCUCAUCACCAUCACAACAAUCACCAAAUCAACAUCACCUAACAGAAUCAAACCAAACAAAACAAAAUAAAGAAGACAACUUUUCGUUACAAAACUCUGGAAUCAAACGGAAACACAAAACCAAGGUUGUCGCUUUUGGAUUCGUGGGUUUGGGAUUUUUUGCUAAGAAAUGGCGUUGUUUCGCAAAUUGUUCUACCGUAAGCCUCCAGAUGGUUUGCUCGAGAUAUGCGACAGAGUUUUUGUGUUUGAUUGCUGCUUCUCUACCGAUUCAUGGGAUGAAGACAACUACAAAGUAUAUAUGGGGGGAGUAGUCAAUCAACUACAGGAGCACUUCCCUGAAGCAUCAUCUCUUGUGUUUAAUUUCCGUGAAGGGGGUUCUCGAAGUGUGAUGGCUGAUGUCUUGUCAGAACAUGGCUUGACUAUAAUGGAUUAUCCUCGGCACUACGAAGGCUGCUCGUUGUUGCCUGUGGAAAUGAUGCACCAUUUUCUCCGGUCAAGUGAAAGCUGGCUCUCACUCGGUCCGAAUAACUUGUUGCUUAUGCAUUGUGAAAGCGGGGCUUGGCCUGUUUUAGCUUUUAUGUUAGCUUCCCUCCUUAUAUACCGGAAGCAGUAUAGUGGUGAGUACAAGACCUUGGACAUGAUCUACAAGCAGGCUCCGCGUGAGCUUCUGCGUUUGUUCUCACCCUUGAACCCGAUUCCUUCUCAGCUUCGCUAUCUACAGUAUGUUUCCAGAAGGAAUUUGGUCUCUGAAUGGCCUCCACUAGAUAGGGCUCUCACCAUGGAUUGUGUUAUUUUGAGAUUUAUUCCUGAUGUUAGUGGACAAGUAGGUUUUCGCCCUAUGUUCCGAAUCUAUGGUCAGGAUCCGUUUUUUGUAGAUGAUAAAAAGCCAAAGCUUUUGUACUCUACUCCAAAGAAAGGGAAACACCUGAGGGUCUACAAGCAGGCAGAAUGUGAACUAGUCAAGAUUGACAUUAAUUGUCAUGUGCAAGGUGAUAUCGUGAUCGAGUGCCUCAGUUUGAACGAUGACAUGGAAAGAGAGGUGAUGAUGUUUCGAGUGGUUUUCAACACUGCUUUUAUUAGGUCAAACAUUUUGAUGCUCAACCGUGAUGAAGUCGACAAAUUAUGGCAUAUAAAAGAAUUCCCAAAGGGGUUCAGAGUUGAGCUUCUCUUCUCAGAUAUGGAUGCUGCCUCGUCUGUUGACUUGAUGAACUUUUCGUGCUUGGAAGAGAAAGAUGGUCUUCCUAUAGAAGUUUUUUCCAAAGUUCAUGAGUUAUUCAAUCAAGUUGACUGGUCUGAUCAGUCGGAUGCCACACGCAAUAUGCUUCAGCAGUUAGCCAUUGCAAAUGCUGUUCAAGAAGGACCUGAUGGUAAUUCAAGCCCAAGACUACAAGGGUUAAGCCCCAAAAGUAUCCAUGAUAUUGUAAAAUACGCAGCAAUGGAAAAUAGUGCAAAGCUCAAAUUGUCUUCAGUGUCCGAGGUGGAAACGAUCGACACACCAGAAAAGCUUCCUACUGGCGAUACAGUCAAGAAGUUUAUAGCAGAAGAUCUGCAUUCUGUCCUUCAGAUAAGUAAUCAGGAAAAUACCGCCAGCCAGGAUGCAACAAAGUUGUUAAGUGAAGAGUCCCCUUCUCUGAAGCUUGUGCAUCAUUCCGCAACAGUUAAACCUCUUGUGGACGCUAAAUCUUCAGAACUAACUACUACUCCUUCUGCAAACGAUGAGAAAGCGGUCACGUUUUUGCCAUCGACACCGUCACCACCUCAUCCUGCAAGACCACCGUUGACUCUAUCGGGAGCACCUCCCCCAGCUCCUCCACUUCCAGCUGCUGCUGCUAAACCUUCAGAUCAAUUGCAGCAUUCUGUUGUCCCACCAACAGAGCCUCUUUCACAAGGAAAUUCUUGGAUGUCAUUAGCAGGCUCUACGUUUCAUCAAACAACUCCAAACGAAAAAAUUCCCAGUACUCUGCCUACAACAUCUCCCCUUGCUUCUACAUCCAUUGUAUGUCCUGAACCAUCUUCUAGUACAACAAAUUCAUCGUCCCUGUCACCUCAAGCAUCAUUCGGUCCUACUAAUGCACCUCAUAAAGGAGCUUCCGAUGCCGUGGCUUCAAAUCUUGGACAGCCGGAGAGGUCACCUACUCCAGUGUCUAAUUCAGAAAAAAUGCCUGCUUUGCCUCGACCGGUUCCUCCUCCUCCUCCCCCUCCCCCUCCAAUGCAGCAUUCAGACCAGAACAUAGUCACUAAAGUUCCCCCUCCACCACCCCCACCGCCAGCACCAAUUGUUCAUGCCUUUUCACCCCCUCCUCCCCCUCCUCCCGCUCCUCCAACACCGCAAUCUAAUGGAAUCUCAGCUGUUAAAAGUUCACCUAGUGCACCCCCUGCACCUCCCCCGCUUCCCACCCAUUCUGCCUCUCCUCCUCCUCCAACCGCACCACCACCUCCGCCACCAUUAGGUCAGACUAGGGCACCGUCAGCACCACCUCCUCCUCCUCCAAAGUUAGGAACCAAUUCAUCCCAGUCCUCUGGUCCUAAUGUUCCUCCAACGCCUGCUUUACCAACUGGAUCUCUUUCAUCAGGAAAAGGGCGAAUGUUACGUGUUAAUCAAAAGAACAAUCCAAGCAAAAAGUUGAAGCCAUACCACUGGCUGAAACUGACAAGAGCUGUCAAUGGGAGCUUAUGGGCUGAAACACAAAUGUCUAGUGAAGCUUCCAAGGCUCCUGACAUUGACAUGACCGAGCUUGAAAGUCUUUUCUCCGCAUCUGCUCCAGAGCAGGCAGGAAAAUCGAGACUAAAUAGCUCUCGUGGACCUAAAGUCGAGAAAGUCCAACUGAUUGAUCACCGGCGAGCAUACAAUUGUGAAAUCAUGCUUUCAAAAGUGAAAGUACCUUUGCAGGAUUUGACGAACUCAGUGCUUAACCUGGAAGAGUCGGCUCUUGAUACUGAUCAGGUUGAGAACCUAAUUAAGUUUUGCCCAACAAGAGAAGAAAUGGAAUUACUAAAGGGGUACAAUGGUGACAAGGAAAAGCUUGGAAAAUGUGAACUGUUCUUCUUAGAGAUGAUGAAAGUCCCACGAAUAGAAACAAAGCUCAGAGUAUUCUCAUUCAAAAUGCAGUUUUGCUCUCAGAUUUCUGAGCUCAAGAAUAGUCUAGGUGUUGUGAACUCCGCAGCAGAGCAGGUAAAAAAUUCUGAAAAAUUUAAAAGAAUAAUGCAGACAAUUUUAUCUCUUGGGAACGCCCUAAACCAAGGAACGGCUAGGGGUGCUGCGGUUGGGUUUAAAUUGGACAGUCUGCCAAAACUCAGUGAAACAAGGGCACGUAACAACCGUAUGACUCUAAUGCAUUAUCUAUGCAAGAUACUUGCUGAAAAAAUUCCAGAAGUUUUAGAUUUCACAAAAGAACUAUCCUCAUUGGAGCCGGCAACAAAGAUUCAACUGAAGUUUCUGGCAGAAGAGAUGCAAGCUAUAAACAAGGGGCUGGAGAAAGUUGUUCAGGAACUGUCCAUGUCCGAAAAUGAUGGCCCAAUCUCACAUAAUUUUAACGAGAUAUUGAAGGAGUUCCUUCAUUAUGCAGAAGCAGAAGUAAGGUGCUUGGCUUCACUAUAUUCAGGAGUGGGAAGAAACGUGGAUGGCUUAAUUCUUUACUUUGGUGAAGACCCUGCUAAGUGCCCUUUUGAACAAGUGGUGUCGACUCUGCUAAACUUUGUAAGACUGUUCAAUCGUGCACAAGAAGAAAACGGAAAACAACUCGAGGCAGAAGCUAAGAAGAAUGCUGCUGAAAAGGAGAAAUCAAAACAAGGUGGAUUAGAUAAAGAAAUCAAGAAGCCCUUGGAUGAAGAAGUCGAGAAGGAGAAAACAAAAACAAGUGGAUUAGAUAAAGAAAUCAAGAAGCCCUUGGAUGAAGAAGUCGAGAAGGAGAAAACAAAAACAAGUGGAUUAGAUAAAGAAAUGAGUGAACGACUAAAGGAAAGAACCGCUCUUUGAAUAACGGGCUGUUCCGAUUUCUAGAUGGAAAUGGUCCAGAACUGGACCGGCCUUGAGAUGAAGCACCUGUGAAGGUGAAGGCCGUGCUUGAUACUGGCUUAGACCAUUGAACAAUAGAAGAAGUUGGGAUGUUAAGGACAACAAUAUUUUAUCUUCUUUAACGGCAAAGCUAACUUGUAAAAUAGGGGAGGGGUAUAAGAUACUGUAAUUAUAUAAAGCAAUAAACAUAAAUACAUCAUCAUACCACAUGUUUGGUCAAUCUAAGCAAGCAAAUGUGAUUUUGUUUUC